GCCAUGGCCAAGGAAGGCAUUGCUGCUGGAGGUGUAAUGGACGUUAAUACUGCUUUACAAGAGGUGCUGAAGACUGCCCUCAUCCACGAUGGCCUAGCACGUGGAAUCCGCGAAGCUGCCAAACCCUUAGACAAGCGCCAAGCCCAUCUUUAUGUGCUUGCAUCCAACUGUGAUGAGACUGUGUAUGUCAAGUUGGCGGAAGCCAUUUGUGCUAAACACCAAAUCAACUUCAUUAAGGUUGAUGGCAACAAGAAACUAGGGGAAUGGGUAGGCCUCUGUAAAAUUGACAGAGAGGGGAAACCUGGUAAAGUGGUUGGUUGCAGUUGUGUAGUAGUUAAGGACUAUGGCAUCCUUGCUAUAUGGCAUCCUUGCUAUGGCAUCCUCAGGCCAAGGAUGUCCCUCGAAGAGUACUUCAAAUGCAAGAAAUGA